AUGACAGAAAGAAAGAGUUCGAUCAAAUUAAGUAAAUUUUUCAAUUUAUCUUCAACAAGUUUAUCAAGUUUAACUCAUUUAAAGAAUGAUUCAAAGAACGAGAAGAAUGAUAAAGAAAAGGAUAAAGCAGAUACUUUGAAUUUGAAUUUUCAGAAGAAGAUGAAUCUUUUAAAAGUAGAUGAGAAAUUGAAUAAUUUACAAUCUAGUACAGGUACUACAUUGAAUGAUUCAAACCAAUCAUCAUCAAACUUAGUAUCAUCUAAUGUUUCAUCAUCAAAUAUAUCCACUAACCCUUCAAAUAUGAUAGGAAACAAAACCGAUUUGAUGAAUAUUGAUGAGAACGAAUCACUCCCGAUUUCAUCGCCACCUAUGAAUCCUUCUCCAGGAAAUCCUUCCCAAGUUAACUUAACUCACAUCAGUUCCAAAAAUAACAGUUCAAGCAAUAUAAGAUCAAGAACUUCUUCGCCCCCAAUGUCAAGAUCCAAUUCUAUGACUACGACUACAAAACCAAGGUUCAGAAUGUUAGAUAAUGGUUUACAUGAACAUAAUUUAAGAUCAGCUAAACGUCAAGAGAAGUUAUCAAACAUGUUAAAAGAUCUUUUAGGAGCUAAAAAAUUAAGAGAUGAGGCUAAGUCAGCCGUGCCUAAUAUUUUAGGUGAGAAUAUUUCUCCUUCACAAUCUCAAAUUAAUUUACCUUUACCAGAAUCGGAUAAGGAUUCAAGUAAAGCCAAACAACCUCCAACUUUAUUUGCCGGAUUAGUAAACCAUGUAAAAAAUUAUAGUCCUGAAACUUCCAGUAUUGAUCAAUCAUUUGUUGAAAAAUAUGGUAGAUGUCAAGAAGUCAUUGGUAAAGGAUCAUAUGGUACCGUUAGAAUCAGUCAUAAGAAAUUGGGUACCAGCGAUGAUGAUGAAAUACUAUAUGCCGUCAAAGAAUUCAAAAGAAAUGCUAAUGAAAGUGAGAAGAAAUACAAUAGAAGACUUACCUCCGAAUUUUGUAUUUCAUCAUCUUUAAAGAAUAUCAAUAUCAUUGAUACAUUAGAUUUGUUAAAAGAUGCAAAAGGCGAUUAUGUUGAAGUAAUGGAAUUUUGCCCUGGUGGUGAUCUUUAUACUUUGAUUAUAGCGAGUGGUAAAUUGGAAUAUGCUGAAGCUGAUUGUUUUUUCAAACAAUUAAUCAAAGGGGUUAAUUACAUGCAUGACAUGGGCGUUAGUCAUAGAGAUUUGAAACCUGAAAACUUGUUAUUAACCCAAAAUGGAAUUUUAAAAAUCACUGAUUUUGGUAAUUCAGAAUGUUUUAGAAUGGCUUGGGAGCAAAAUAUUCAAUUAUCUCAAGGUAUUUGUGGUUCUUCACCUUAUAUUGCACCUGAAGAAUUUACUGAUUCCGAAUUCGAUCCUCGAGGUGUCGAUAUUUGGAGUUGUGGUGUUAUAUACAUGGCAAUGAGAACUGGUAGACAAUUAUGGCAAAUAGCUAAAGAGUCUGAUGAAUUUUUCAAAGAAUAUUUGAUUAAAAGAAAAAAUUCCACAGGUUACGAACCUAUCGAGAACUUAAAGAGAGCUAGAUGCAGAAAUGUUAUAUAUUCAAUCUUAGACCCAAAACCUGGUAGAAGAAUCACGGGUAAACAAAUUUUAAGUAGUGAAUGGGGUAGAGAAAUCAAAUUAUGUUGUGCAGCUCAAGGUAAGUAA